AUGAAUCCUGAAACCAAGAUGGACGUAACCCCCCCUGCAAAGGGCCUGAAAAUUCUUAUUGUCGGGGCCGGUAUUGGUGGCUUAGCGGCAGCUAUCGCUCUUCACCAGCAAGGGCAUGAAGUUGAGCUGUUUGAGCGAUCUCAAUUCGCCAACGAGGUCGGUGCAGCCAUUCACCUUACUCCCAAUGCAAACGGUCUUCUGAAGAGGAUUGGGGUAAAUGCUUCUCAGUAUGGCGCCGUAAAAGCGGAGCAGAUUCGAGACUACACCUCCGAUGGCAAACUCGUAUUCACUGGGAGCAUUACCAAAUUCGCAGAUACUUGGCAGCAUGAAUGGCUUCUGAUUCACCGUGCUCACCUUCACGAAGGGCUGAAAGACAAGGCCAAGGCCCCCGGUAAGGGAAAGCCUGUGACUCUGCAUACCUCGAGCAAGGUUACUGGAAUUGAUCCAAAGACUGCUACCGUGAUCCUUGAAAAUGGAACUGAAAUUCGUGGUGACGUUGUUAUCGGUGCUGAUGGUGUGCACUCUGUGGCCCGGCGUCACGUUGCUGGUUCCGAUAAAAAGGCCUUCAGCUCAGGCAAAAAUGCCUUCCGAUUCAUGGUCUCGCGCAAGGCAGUGCUUGAUGAUCCUGAGAGUGCCCAUCUAGUGCGGGAUUUGGGAUCUGUCGACAUGUGGCACAGCUCCGAUAGCAAGGUGGUUAUAUACCCCUGCGUCAACAACGAGAUGCUCAAUUUUGUUUGCAUUCACCCGGACAACCUCAGCAACAUUGGAGUAUCUAAAGGCUGGGACCAGGCCGUGGAUAAGGAUACGUUGCUUGAGAUAUACAAAGACUACGAUCCUGUGGUUCGCAAAAUUUUGGCGAAAGCGGAUGCACAGACACUGAAAAUAUGGCCUCUCCUCGACAUGGAAACACUCCCCACUUGGGUUGAUCACCGCCUGGUAUUGAUGGGAGAUGCAGCUCAUCCAUUCCUACCCUACCGAGCAUCUGGCGGUGCCAUGGCACUCGAGGAUGGUAUUGCUCUGGCUGUUCUACUUCCAGGUGAUCUUCCAAAGGAGGAGAUUCAUGAGCGAUUGAAGCUUUAUGAAAAGGCACGCCACGAACGAGUUACCCGAAUUCAGGAACAUACACGGGAUUCUGGAAGAAGCCACUUGCCGAGGGACAAAGUUAUGAGAAUCAUGUCUGAGAUUUACGACUACGACGAAUUUGACUCCGCUACCGAACAUUUGAGACAAUACCAGCGCGCUCAGAACCCAGAGGCUUAUUACAGGCAGCCAUCUGUGUUUGGCCCAAUGCCUGGCCCUCGUCAGGACUUUUGGGGUCGUAGCCGAGCUUUAGCAUCUGCGAAGGCCAGCUUUUGCACAUCUUCCAUCAAGAUCAAAACCAGUCGGACCCUGCUCAAGAACCUGUUGCCCAACUCCGCAUACAGCUUCUCCGGACACGGUAGUGUGGCCUACGCAACUUUCUCCCAGACCACUUUGAAUGACUUGGACUGGCUUGCAGGAGGGGGAUAUAACCACAUGGGGCUCUACAUCCACGGCAUUGAGUAUCAGCAAGCCAACGGAGAAAUCACACGAGGAACAUAUCUUCCAGUCAUGUUCGAGGAUUUGACGGAUCCUAUCCUGUCUGGAAGAGAAGAGCUUGGGUUCCCAAAGCUUUUCAGUGCCAUCGAUGUGGACAAGCGUCAAGAUUCUUAUCAUGUUACCACAAGCUGGAGAGGUGCGGUAUGGGGUCGGAUGACAUUGACUGGUCUUGGUGAGGUAGAGAAGACUGCACCAACUGAAGCCGGGUCUGGGGAUCUAGGUAUCCUGGUACAUCGCUAUAUGCCAUCUGUGGGCCGAGAGAGUAAGGGUACCCCAGAGGCAGAAUACCCAGUAUUCGUUGAUUAUGCACAGGAGUCCCUAAUUGUGCCAACCAAAAUUACCCGCGUGCUCAAAGCAUCGCAAGGAAACAUUCAGAUUGAUGGCCUUGAUUGGAACCAGCUGCCGACCUUGCACCAUAUCAUCUCUCGUCUUGCCGAGAUCCCGGUGUACGAUAUUAUUGAAGCUAAGGUCAUCGAAGGUGAGGGAGUGAUGGAUAUUUCCGCUGCGAAAAGAAUUGUAUAG